AUGUCUUCGUGGAUUGUCAUCUGCCUACCCAUCUCAGCCGCUGGAAUCUUGGCCUGCUGGGUGGCCGUGUUCGUCGUGUUCCUCAAGCAAUACAAGCUGGAGUUCUUCGUCAUGAGCUGCCUUCUUGGGCUUUUCAUGACGCUGCUGUUCCGGUCCCAGUUUGCCAUACCGUACACUUUGCCCGACGAAUUUGGACUGGUGGGCCUCCAAGACACGACACUCGUGUUCAUAUUGGUGCUGGUGUUCUUCGCGACGCCCCAGCAGCCGUGCGAGCGGCUAUUCAGCGAGUACGUGCUAGAGUGGAACCUGGUGCAGCGGAAGGUGCCCUGGAGCGCGUUCAUCACUUACGGAGGUGGGCUGUGCGUAGCUGGUGCCAUCAAGGAGUCCGGUCUGCUGGCGUGGCUGUCCAGCGCGAUGAUGGUUAUGCGCCACUGGCACCCGGUGUUCGUGCAGCUCGUGCUCAUGCUCAUCACCACGGUACUCACCGAGGUAAACAACGACACCGCCGCAGCCACCGUGCUCAUCCCCAUCGCCUGCGACCUUAAGCUAAGCCUGAACAAUGUGCGGGUGGACAGUUCCUACUUUAUUCUCGACCACAGUUCAGUUCUGUCCGACGCUGAUGUGUCUCGCGCAGGAGUCCGGUCUGCUGGCGUGGCUGUCCAGCGCGAUGAUGGUUAUGCGCCACUGGCACCGGUGUUCGUGCAGCUCGUGCUCAUGCUCAUCACCACGGUGCUCACCGAGGUAAACAACGACACCGCCGCAGCCACCGUGCUCAUCCCCAUCGCCUGCGACCUUGCCGAGUCCACGCUGGUGAACCCGCUGUAUUACGGCGUGCCCGUGACCGUCGCCUGCUCUACAGGCUUGCUCCUCCCGGUGUGCUCGCUACCUAUGGCGCUCGUGCACGCCAACCUGAUCGAGUACCGGCUGUCCAGCGUG